UCACUCUCUCAUUUCUCUCGAGUCUCGACGGCGCAACACAAGUUCUCUCGAGUCUCGACGACGCUUUCAGACUCCGGCGACUCCGUUUAGCUCCGAGAAAUCAUUCAAAGAUGGAGUUUCCAAACCAGAAUGAAGAAUAUGGUAAUGAGGAAGCCUACGAUGAGGGAAUAGAAACUGAAGAUGGUGGUUCUCCUGAAAAUGCAAGCAAAAGGAAAGAGGUUCCUAAGAGUGCAGACAGUUCUGUCCGAGGUAGUAGGGCAAAGAAGAAGAAUCCAAGUACAAGGUCUUGGGUCUGGGAGCAUUACACAAGAGAGCCAGAUAAUAGGAACAUAUGUAGAUGUCACUACUGUGGUAGAUCUAUGGCAUGUGCUACUGCAAAUGGCACAACUUGUCUCAAGAAUCAUUUGGAAAUCUGCAAGGAGUACCAAGCUUGGAUUGAGAGCAAUCAGGGUCAACAACAUGUUCUACAUCGUGAAGGCGAAGGUGAUGAUGAGUCUAGUAAGUUGAAGUUGUCAAAGUGUUCUGAGUCUGUUUUCAGGGAAGCUUCAAAUGAGAUGCUGGUCUUAGGGGAACUGCCUCUUUCAUUCAUAGAGAGUUUGGCGUGGAAGCAUUUCUGCAGCAAAGUUAAGCUAUACAAGCCUCACUCUCGGAGAACAGCAACUAGAGACAUUGUGGAGAUGUAUGUCAGAAAGAAAGAAGCUAUGAUGAAGCUUCUUAAGUCUAACAAGCAGAGGGUUUCACUAACAACUGAUAUUUGGGUUGCUCCCACAACAGGAGCUAGCUACAUGGUUAUCACAGCACACUUCAUUGAUGCAAGUUGGCAGCUGAGGAAGCUCACCAUUGGUUUUAAGCACAUCUCAGAUCACACAGGUACAACAAUUUGUUGUGUCCUUCUUGAAUGUUUGGCUGAAUGGGGAAUAAGGAAGGUAUUUACCAUCACUGUUGACAAUGCAACUGCCAACACUAAUGCAAUGGAGAAGUUUGUGGAGGCUUUUUGCUUACAAGGAAUUGAUGCAUUAGUUCUAGGAGGUGAGCUUCUGCAUUUGCGUUGUUGUGCUCAUAUCCUUAACUUAGUAGUUAAAGAUGGGCUAGGAGAGGUGGAAAAUAGUGUCUCUGCAAUUCGGAAUGCUGUUCAAUAUGUGAGAAGUUCAAGUAGACGAUUGGAGUCAUUCGAACACAAAGUGGACUCAGGGAAGAUGACUAGGGGAAGCUUGUCUUUGGACUGUAAAACCAGAUGGAACUCUACCUACCUGAUGCUGACAAGAGCUCUCAAGUUCAGAUCUGCUUUUGACAGAAUGGAGAAUGAGGAUAAGCUCUACAAUGAUUACUUUAAUGUAGAAGUCAGUGAAGGAAAAACCAGAAUUGGGCCGCCUAGUGUCAAUGAUUGGGAUGAAGUAGAAAGGUUAGUUAAGUUUCUGGUUAUCUUCUACAAUUCUACUUUGGUUGUCUCGGCAUCUUCUACGGUCAACUCUUACAAGUGUUACAAUGAGAUAGUGACUAUCCAGAAGAAUCUCAUUUCAUUGAAAGAGAAUCCUGAUAAAGAAUUGAAGGUAAAGGCUGAAGCUAUGAAAGACAAGUUUGAUAAGUAUUGGGGAGGCUUGAAGAAAAUAAACAAAUUGUUGAUCAUAGCUAGUGUUUUUGAUCCAAGGAACAAGAUGAAGUUUGCAGGAUAUUGUUUUGAUAUGUUGUAUGGGAAAGACAGUCCGGAAUCAAAAGAGGUUUAUGAAUCAGUGUAUAAUGUGUUGAAGGAUCUGUUUGAUGAGUACAACAGAGCUGUGACAAGGACUGGGACUGCGUCAUCAUCACAGUCAUCUCAGUCUCAGAAUCACAGCCGCAACAACUCACAAGAUACGGACAAGAUGGAUUUUGAUGUUGAUGGAUAUGAAAGAAUGGAUAUGGCAUACUCAGAGAUGGUGAAGGAAACAGGAUUUCAGGAUUCAAGUACUGAGCUAGAGUUGUAUUUGAAGGAGAAAAUCGAAAUCCCAAAGGCUAAUCCUCUUGGAAUACAAUUUGAUGUGUUAGGAUGGUGGAGGAUCAACAGUGCAAAGUAUCCUGUUUUAUCCACAUUAGCUAAGGAUCUACUUGCAAUGCAAGUGUCUUCUGUUGCUUCCGAGUCUGCUUUCUCUACAAGUAACCGUAUCCUUGAUCCAUUUAGGAGUUGUCUAACACACUACAUGGUUGAAGUCUUAAUGUGCACUGAACAAUGGCUCAAGUGUGAGAUUCGCAUCAAUGAAAGAGGUGUUGUUACCUGUCAACAGAUGCUCGCGGAUCUUGAGCUGCAAGAUGAUCUUCAGAAAGUUGUGAGAUUUUUUCCCGCCAUGGAAGCCAUGGAAAUCGACUCCGAGAAGAUUCACGAACGGAAGCAUUCCGAUUACAAUUCACUGCAGGAUGAGAGAUUCGAGAUACAGAAGGAGAUGUACAGAGGUCAGCAAUACAGUCAGAUUUACUUUGCUCGUCUUCAUCUCAUGAGAACACUUCUCUACUCUCUUGCCCCUACUUGGAAACCUCAUUUGCCUGUUUGUAAGGUUUUGGGACUUGAAAAAGGCAAAGAAUGCAUAAUUGUAGGAACCUUGUUCAAACACAUGAAGCUUAAACCUUGUGUUCUCGAUGAAUAUUCUAAAGAGAGGUCAGUUACUCCGCUUGUUAAACCACAUAACUUUAUGCAUCCUGAUGAUAAUCUGAUCCUCGAAGACGAGAGUGGGAGAGUUAAGCUUGCUGGUUCUGCACUUUCACCUGCUAUAUAUGUGACAGGUGUUGUUGUUGCAUUGCAUGGGAAGGAAACUAAUGCUGGUGAGUUUUUUGUUGAGUAUGUAUUAGAAGCUGGUUUACCGCCUCAGAUAGAGCGGCCUAUCGAUCUACAGGAUGAUAAAUAUGUUGUGUUAUUGUCGGGACUUUGCAUUGGAAGCAAAUCGGCUAAUCCCCUGCAAUUUCAGCUUCUUGUUGACCAUAUAACUGGGCAUCUCGGAGAUGAGGAGGAACAAGGCCUUGCAGCACAGAUAGUUCAUGUAGUAAUUGCUGGAAACUCUGUUGAAUUUCCCCGCAAACUCAUUAAUGGCCAGAACUUGGCCUCGAAAGAUCAAUCAACACUGUAUGAGCCCAUCAAAGAGCUUGAUAUCAUGUUAAACCAGAUAGCUGCAGGAGUUUCAGUAGAUAUCAUGCCAGGCACGAAUGAUCCAGCUAACUUCGCAUUGCCUCAGCAGCCUCUGAAUAGAUGUCUUUUCCCUGGAUCUUCACCUUAUAACACCUUCAGAUCAUGUACAAAUCCUCACUCAUUUGAUCUCGAUAAUAUAAGAUUUCUGGGAACUUCUGGUCAGAACAUCGAUGACCUUGACAAGUACUCAGAGGCUAAAAGCAAACUUGAUUUUGUGGAAAGAACGCUGAGGUGGAGACAUCUUGCCCCCACUGCACCUAAUACACUUGGUUGUUAUCCUUUCACCGAUAGAGACCCUUUCUUAAUUGAAACUUGCCCUCAUGUCUACUUCGUUGGGAAUCAAGAGAAAUAUGACAACCGUUUGUUAAAGGGGUCAGAAGGGCAACUUGUUCGGUUGAUCUGCAUUCCUAAGUUCUGUGAGACCGGUAUUGCUGUUGCGGUAAACCUAAGAAAUCUGGAAUGUCAUACUCUAAGCUUUAGCACUCAGAUAAACCAAUCAUAACAUUGAGUUGCUACUUUGGUAGAUUCCUCCUGUGUUGAAGAUGUAAUGUCUAGCUUUUUCACUAACACUCCUAUGUUCUAACAAAUGUUAUUUCUUGUU